GCAUGCAACCCAGCAGGAGACUAAUAAAACCAUCACGACUAGCACCAAAGCCAUCAAGCAGCUGUCUGAGGUUGUCAGAGGCUCAUCCAGGCAAGAGCGACUUCAGCUGGACAGGCUGAAGAACCAGCUGUCUGAUGCCAUCCAGAGAUACGGAGCUGUGCAGAAGAAAAUAGCAGAGAAAUCCAAAGCUUUGCUUCCUACUGGACAGAGAAGCAUUAAAAGCCCUAGGACCCCCUUCUCUGACCUACCUGAUGAUGAGAAGAUCUUUAAUGGGGGAGAUGACAUGUGGCAGAACCAGAGCCAGGAUCAAGCCUUGCUCUCGGAAAUCACAGAAGAGGACCUGGAGGCUAUCCGUCAGCGGGAAGAGGCCAUUCAGCAGAUCGAGAGUGACAUGUUGGAUGUGAACCAGAUCAUUAAAGACCUGGCCUCCAUGGUGCAUGAGCAAGGAGACACAAUAGAUAGUAUUGAAGCCAACAUUGAGACUGCAUCUUCUAAUGUAGAGUCAGCCAAUGAGCAGUUGGCAAAAGCCAGUCAGCACCAAGUAAGUGGGACUAAAAAACCCUACGGGCAGCAGCGCUUUUCAAAAACAACCGAGCUGUCAAAAGGCACGAUGUGGCUGGUGAAUAAUGGCUAUGGGAAUGGUGUUCAGCACUUUUUAAAGGCAAUUUGA